AUGGAGAUGAAUCACCUCAUAGGUCAGCGUUUCAACCUGAUCUCGAAAAGUGACAUUCGCUAUGUCGGCACUCUUCACGAAAUCAACCCCGAAGCCUCCACAAUAGCUCUUGAGAAUGUCAUGUCAUUCGGCUCAGAAGGACGCCGUGGCAACCCCGCUGAGGAAGUGCCCCCAUCCACCGGUGUCUACGAGUACAUUGUCUUUCGAGGCAGUGAUGUGAAGGACAUCAGCAUAGCUGGAGAGGACCAAAAGGAUCCCGUACCGCAAGAAGUACCUCGGGUACCAGAAGAUCCUGCCAUCCUCGGGGGCGUUCAACGACCGGCUCCUCCUCAAGGGCCUGACUCGGGACCUGCUCCACAGAAUCUUCCUCCUCAAGGCCCCUCACAUGGCCCCCCCCAGCUUCCCCAGGGAGCUGGCCCAAAUCCUCCUGGUUACCCCCCGCAGCACCAAUUCCAGCAAGGUUACUACCCUUCCUACGGACAGCGAUUUGGACCACCUCCUCCAUUCCCUCCCGGUCCCGGUUUCCCGCCAUACGGUACUCCGCCCGGAUGGUAUCCCCCUCCAGGCCAUGGAUUCCCCCCUGGUCCAGGUCAAUUCCAACCUCCGAUGCCCAUUGGCCCUGGUCAGCAGUCUGUUCCUCAGCAACCUGGUCCACAGCAACCUGCACCUCAGCAACCUGCACCUCAGCAACCUGCACCUCAGCAACCUGCACCUCAGCAACCUGCACCUCAGCAACCUGCACCUCAGCAACCUGGAUCUCAGCGGUCGGGACCUCCUGAUGCCGUCCCUGCGCCUAAGCUCACCUCCGAACUCCCGGUCGGGGACAAGCUUCCCAACAAAUCCACGAGUCAUAAUGCAACACCGGCUGCUCAGAACGCCCCCACCCCUCCCAUCGAAUCCAAGCCUACUGUCGCUGAAGCUUUGCAAGGUUCUGUCAGUUCUGCUCCUCCGACUGCUGCCCCUCAGAAAAAUGGCCGAGUCAUGCCAGCUAUCCCGAUCGCUGCCCCAAAGGCUGCUCCUCCAAUCGCUCACAUUCCUACCGCCUCUCGGGGAAAUAACCAGUCUAUUACUGAUGCCACUGCGGCUGCCACAGCUGCAGUUGCUGCCGCCAUGGCCAAGUUGCCACAGCCUGGUGCUCAAAAGCAAUCCGGACAGCCCGAGGGUGCCGUGGACGCGCUUACGCAGCAGAUGAACCACAUGCGUCCUUACGACAACAACCGUGCUCCCCGAGGCGGUCACCACCACCCUCGUGGUGGACGCGGCGGUGCUCGUCCUCAGCAGCAGCCCAAGAAAAUUGAAGUCCCCCAAUCCGAUUACGAUUUCCAAACUGCAAACGCCAAAUUCAACAAGCAGGAUCUGGUAAAGGAAGCCAUUGCCACCGGAGUUCCUGUUGCAGAAGCUGAGACCCACGCAGCUGAAGAAGCGGAAUCUAUGGAACCCAUGUCAAACGGUGGCGGCGCUUCGUCGAACCACGGCUAUAACCGUGGUUCAUCCUUCUUCGACAAUAUCUCGAGUGAGGCUCGCGAUCGUGAGGAAAAUGCCGGCCGUGUUGGUGGUCGUGAAUGGCGCGGCGAGGAGGAAAAACGCAAUAUGGAAACCUUUGGACAGGGUAGCGUUGAUGGCUACCGCCCCAACUACCGCGGUCGUGGCCGUGGCCGCGGCUUUGGUCGUGGUCGAGGUGGUUACAGUCGUGGCUAUGGCCGUGGCCGUGGCGGCGGCCGGGUCCCCCCAGAGUCCACUGGUGUCCCAUCCCAGGGUUGA